GCCGCUAUAAUGUUACACAUUAUGUUAGUAUUCGCUCAUAAAAUUGCUUCACUCAUAAAUGUUUAUUGAGGAGUUGAAAGUUACUUUACGCUUGUCUAACUGUACUACUAAAUAGGUGCAAUUUUUAUUAUUAUUACUAUAUAUAUAGAAGAGCGAGACAGUAUGGCCUUGAACUUGUUUUAUAUUUUGGCGCUCUGUUGCACAUCUCUUGGAUUCAUCAUGCUCAUCACGGCAUUAUCGUCGGCAUCUUGGAUGAUUGCUUGUAUGAACAAUGACAACAUAUCUAACCAACUGCUGCAAGGGAAACCCUGUUUAUACCAGGGAAUAUUUAAAUCGUCAAUGAAAGCUGGAAAUAUAAUUAGCGUGAAUAUUCCUGUAGAUAUUACUACUAUGCCACGGAGCAUCAUGUUUGGGGCACUCGCUUUAAUCGUUGGUCUGCUAUUUGCUCUGGUAGGCGGCAUAGUUAUUCUUAUAGCCUUCAGAGGAGAUCAGGCAACAUAUGAAGGAAAAAACAAAGUUGCCCAGCGUACCCGAUCUGGAUGUAUUAUGCUUCUUACUGCAGGGACUUUUAACUAUUGUGGGUAUGUCUGCAUACACUGGAGGUUCUGCCCAAUUUCUUCACAAUCCCCUCCUGUUUAUGAUGAAUAUGUACCCAGGGGCCAGAAACGUAUUUGCAGGACAACCUCCGUUUGGUAAAAGAAUGGAAGGUAUCAGCAUCUCUGGUCUUUCGGCUGACGGCUUUCGGCAGCAAAUAGACGAAAUGGAUCCCGUGUACGGAUAUGCUUAUAUCGCUGGGUGGAUGAUGGCUGUUUUGUUUAUGAUAGGAGCAGUUUUCGCUGGCUUUGCAAAGCAAACGUUGCUACACCAGGUGUACUCAGAACAUGAGCAGCCACUAUAAAACGGACUGUAUAAUCUAUACAAAGUAGUAUUACAUUUGAAUUGAGUACCAUCAAUAAUUCUGAUAUAUAUCCAUUAUGUCGUGUUGAUUAUAUUGUUGUACACACAUGAACUAUAUAUAUUUCACGAAGACGAAGACCCAAUCGAACGCGAGGGAAAUUUUUCAAUGUUGUUCGUGCAGACAUGAACUGGUUUGGCUCGCCUCAAAUUUUCUAUUGAUCAGAAGUUCUCAAUGAAUAUUUCAUGAGCGAAAACGAAGCAUUGCAGUAUUCAUCCAGACGCGGAAAAAUCAAUCAAUUCAAUUUACAAAGUGAUUAUCAUAAAUAUCCACGGAUGUUCGCAGAAUUUUGUCAAGGGUGUUAAAAGUUAACGAAUUUCAUAUAAUGUAUUUGAAUCUAACAAUUGGUGCAAUGACUGAGAUCUAACUUCAAUCAAUUUUUUUAUAUCUUAAUCAUCUGAUGCUUUCGACGUGAAUUGCGAGUUCUCAAUUGAAACUGUGCAUUAAAUACCAUAAGGGCG